AGUGCCUCCAUGCCCAUAACCACUUGACAUAGGGCCAAUCUCUCUACAUUAGUGUCACUGGUGAGCUCACUAUUAAUCUUCAAUCACUAUCUGGACUUUAUGAAUUUUGAGCCAAUGAGGGUUAAUCUAAAUACAGAUAUACUGUGUACACUGUAAAUUCUAACUGAAUAGAGUCAACAUACCGCUAUUUAAAAUAAACUUUAAUCAAAACUUAAAUGCAAAGGCAAAAUUAUUUAAAAUGACCAAGCAUGAAUCCAGAUGUUUUGAUAUUCUGCUCUCUGUUUUCUUAGCUCUUCCUGAAACUACACUGACCGUAAAUCCAAAGCCUGCAUACACUGGAGAGACAGUAACUCUGACGUGUUCAGUGGGAUCUGACAGUGGCUGGAGGUAUACAUGGUACAAAGACAACACUAACAAAGUAGUGACCUUGUCUAGCAGACACACUACAACAGGAGCCACCUUCACCAUCACUAGAGCUGCUGAGUCUGACCAGGGUCUCUACUGGUGUCAGGGAGAGAUCCAGUCCAGAUCCAUAUCAUCAAUCAUCAGUGAUCCUGUCACUAUCACUGUGAAAGCUCUGCCCACGGCCUCAGUGAAAGCCUCUCCACGCGGUCCCCUCUAUUCUGGAGAGACAGUCACUCUGCAGUGUGACAUAGACAACAGAGACUGGACGUACUGCUGGCACAGAGACAACCAUCUGCUUCCCAUUCGGACCAGUAAGACCACCACCAUCUCUCUCCCUGACCAGGCUGGUCAGUACCAGUGUGAGGGGACAAGGACAAGACGGCCCGAGAGGACAUAUAUCAGCUAUUCUUUCACCAUCAUUGUUGCUGCCCUGCCCAAAGCUACACUGACCAUAACACCAAACCCUGCAUACACUGGAGAGACAGUAACUCUGACGUGUUCAGUGGGGUCUGACAGUGGCUGGAGCUACACAUGGUACAAAGACAACACGAAGAAAGUAGUGACCUUGCCUGGCAGACACACAACAACAGGAGUCACCUUCACCAUAAAAAGAGUUGCUGAGUCUGACCAGGGUCUCUACUGGUGUCAGGGAGAGAUCCAGUCCAGACCCAUAUCAUCAAUCAUCAGUGAUCCUGUCACUAUAACUGUAAUAGGUGAGUAA